AUGAAAUCUCCGUUGUUUCAUGUCCUCGAAGAAGAUGAAAAUGGUGCAUUACUUCAAUAUAAAUCGCGUCGACGUGGUUUUCAACGAUAUAUCGUCGGUCAACUGAAAGAAUGUGGAUCACGAUUCUAUCAUGAAGAGAUCUAUGUUCGCAUUCAAGAAGAUCUUUCUACUAACGAAUAUACACGUAUUAUCUUUCGUGUUGACUUUAAUAAUUCAGCGGCAAAAGAAACAUCGAAACGUCUGCAUUGUUUUCCUAAUCUCCCUGACAUUACAAGUGACACAUUCUUCAAAGUCUUUCCAUUUUGUGUUCUGUUCGAUCCAUCAAUGCGCAUUACUCAUAUGGGAAAGUCAAUCAAAAGUCUCUUCCCCUACGACACUGUUGUCAAUGGACGACACCUCGAUGAAAUCUUUCGCUUAAUUCGACCAGACAUUCCGUUGGAAUGGAGCAAUAUGCUCAGCUAUGGUCGACAUAUCGUGUUCCUCAUGGAAAGUCGAAUAGCACUUCGAUCAGAUAAAGGAACAAAAUCCAAUGAUGGUACAGUGACGAAAAAACCUAAAACAACAGCAGGAAUGACUGGAAGUUCAGCAAUUCGAUUGAAAGGACAAAUGAAAUGGAUAAGUAGUUGGAAUAUGAUGGUUUUUCUCUGUCAUCCCAUAUUAUCAACGACUGAAGAAAUGAUGAACAUUGGAUUGACUCUACACGAUCUCAACUUCUACGAUGGAAGUAGUGAGAUUCUAAUUGCAGGUAUGCAACAUGCAAGACAGUUACAAGCGGCUAUUGACAAACAACAUGCCUGGAUUUCAAAACUACAAGCAACAAAAGUUGAACUACAAGAAUGGCGACGAAAAGGCAAACGACUUCUUUAUUCGAUGAUGCCACGUCAUAUAGCACAAAUGUUACAACAAGGCAUUGUUGCUAAUUCUAUUUGUGAAGUAA